AUGUUUAUGCUCCCCAACGCUCAGAAUACAGGCUCAUCUGCAAUGGGACUUCCCAACGGAAGCGUCGGCUGUUACGGUAUCUGCGCGCUCAUCAUAGAAACAUUCUUGCAACCGUUCCAAGAGAUCUUCUUCAAUACCCCUGAGGACUCGGGGUAUGCCUCGAAAGACUAUGUUUCUACAUGGCUCAACAACGCCACGUCCCACGCGACUCCUGCUCAAUGUCACUCUCAUAACGACUACUGGCGCCCAGUACCUCUGUUUUCAGCGUUAUCUGUAGGGUGCAUCGGCAUUGAGGCUGAUGUAUGGCUGAGAAACGGCGAUCUUUUGGUCGGUCAUGAUAAGCCAUCGCUUUCCCAAACCCGGACUCUGAAGUCUCUGUAUCUCGACCCGCUGGAAGAAAUCCUUGACGCUCAAAACCGUGAGGUCACAGAGGGGAACAAGACAAGACGCGGCGUCUUUUCUCUCCAAGACAAUACCCAAAUCAUCCUCCUCAUCGACGUCAAGACCGAUGCGAAGGAAACAUGGCCCAUCGUGCUCCGCCAGCUCGAGCCGCUCCGUGAGAAGCAUUAUCUCACAAGCCACAACUCCUCGGCGUCAAGCGACACCACAAACCAUCUGCGCGCACCUUUGAUCGUGGUCGGCACCGGAAAUCUAGACAUGGCAACCCUCGUCGCUAAUCACACAGACGCUACAACCACAUACCACGAAUACCACGACACCUUCCUCGACGCACCUUUAACCGACCUCCCCGCAGCCAACACCACCAACGAAACAACGUAUAACACGACCAACUCCUUCUACGCCAGCGCAUCCUUCAAACAAGCCAUCGGCUCCGUCCGCCUCGGCUUCAGCCGCACCCAGCGCGACAAGCUCCGGAGCCAGGUCCAGGCAGCGAAGAGCCUCGGCCUGCAGCCGCGGUACUGGGACAUUCCGGACUGGCCGCUCAAGUACCGCGAUUACAUCUGGACCGAGCUGAGGGCGGAGGGCGUCGAGAUUUUGAGUGUGGAUAACGUGAAGCAUGCCGCGGGCGGCGUGUGGUAUGGGGCAUACUUCGCUGAUGCGGUUGCCAUGACUGCGAUUCCGCCAGCCACGUUCUUGGUUAUGUCGGUUGUGUUUUGGAGGGCUGUUUGGUACUGGCGGUAUAUGUAG